AUGUUCAUUUAUGGUAGAACCUUCCUGCUUACCCUUUUAUUGGGUAUUACUACAUACAUUCAUAAGUCCAAAUGCUAUAGGGAUUACUCAAAUGAUUCAUAUGACAUAUUCCAUGAGACGCCAAGUGCAGAAUCAAAUUUCUGGAACGAACAAAAAUAUGCGGCAGCCAAAAACAACCUCUUAAACUCGUUAGAACAAAAUGACGAUUUCUUUGCGGACGGGCUAAAUGCAAAGGUCCAUGAUGACCAUGAUAACGAAGAGGACGAUUAUAACAAUGAUAACGAUGAUGAAUCUACGGAAAAAAUUAGUCAUUUCAUGCACAAGUACGCCUCCGAAGAAAUGCUUCCUCGAUCAAGAAAAGGAAAGGGAUUCCAAAAUGAUUCCAAUUCAUGGAAAACUAGUAGUAAUCAUGAGGAAAUUCCUGACGAAUUCAACAGUUAUGAUAGAUUCGAAUGUUCUUUUUAUGAAUUAGAGAGUGGGAAGCAUCACGGAACAGAAGCAAUUAGUGCGAUGACACCUAAUAAAUUUAAUAUCCAAAAAUCAGCUGAAGGGGAAGAAUACCAUAUUCCCAUUAAAAUAUCACGAAAUCCAUAUCGUAAUAAAUCUGUGCAAUCUUCAGAUUCUGAUUAUGGACACAGGAAGAAACGCCAAUCAUGGCUACAGGGAACAAUUAAAAGGCGUCAUUCAAAAUUCCGAUCAGAAAUGAAGAGAUUCAUGAAAAUUGCGUCAGGAAGAGGAAGAAUUUCUAAAGGUAGAGGUUUAUCAGGAUAUUUCAAGUUCUUAUGCAAUAAAUAUAGAGUAUUUACUCCACUUGCAAUUUCUGUAUGUUUAAAUAUCUUUGCUCUAUACAUUACGUAUACACAUUUUAGUGCACUCCUGUGCAUGUUUCUACUGCUUAUUUUUUCUUUGACUGUUUUGAUAGCCUCGUACUAUCUUCAUGUAGCACUAAACUGA